AUGGCCGACGAGGAUGGAGCGACGGUCAAGAUCCUCGUGAGCACCGACAAUCACCUCGGUUACUGCGAGCAUGACGGCGUCCGCGGCAAAGACUCGUUCCGCGCCUUCGAGGAGAUGCUGGCCAUCGGCGUCAAGGCCAAGGUCGACUUUGUGCUCCUCGCCGGCGACCUCUUCCACCACAACAAGCCCAGCCGCGCGACCAUGUACCGGACCAUGUCGCUCCUGCGCCACUACUGCCUCGGCGACGGCAACAUCAACUUUCAGAUCCUCUCGGACCAGAGCUUGAACUUUCCCAACUUUGGCGUCGCCAACUACGAGGACCCGAACGUGAACGUGCGCCUCCCGAUCUUUAGUAUCCACGGCAACCACGAUGAUCCGACGGGCGAGGCUGGCCGUUCGCUCGCGGCCCUCGACCUGCUCUCUGCGGCCAACCUCGUCAACUACUUUGGCAAGUCGGACCGCGUCGACGAGAUCGAAGUGUUUCCGAUUCUGCUCGAGAAGGGCGCGACCAAGAUCGCGAUCUACGGCCUCGGCAACAUGCGCGACGAGCGUCUCCAUCGCAUGUUUGCCAAGGGCCAAGUGCGCUUCCGGCGGCCCGAGGAGUCGCCGGACGCAUGGUUCUCCAUCUUUGUCGUGCACCAGAACCGCGACAAUCGCGGUCGCGGCGCCAAGAACUGCCUCCCAGAGAGCUUCAUUCCCGAGUUCAUCGACUUUGUCAUUUGGGGCCACGAACACGAGUGCCUCAUCGAGCUCGAAGAGAGCGCGAAGGGCAACUUCUUCAUCACGCAGCCCGGGUCCAGCGUCGCGACGUCGCUCAUCGAAGGCGAGGCCAAGCCCAAGCAGGUGGGCAUUCUUGAAAUCCGAGGCAGCGACUUUCGCCUCCGUGCCGAGCCCCUCAAGACGGUCCGGCCCUUCAAAAUUGGCGACGUAGCCUUUCGCGACAUCGAUGGCCUCGACCCAAACGACCCCAAGGUCGCCGAGAAGAUGCACUCGAUCCUUACGUCGCGGGUGCAAGAGCUCUUGGACGAGGCCAACGCCGAGCUUGCUGCGGUGCACGCCGACCCGAUGGAGAUUCUCGUUCGGCUGCGUGUCGAGCACACGGGCUUUCCCGUGAUCAACAACCAGCGCUUUGGCGGUCAGUUUGUCGGGCGCGUCGCGAACCCCGGCGACAUUCUCCUCUUCACCCGCAACAAGGGCGAGAGAAAAGACAAAGCGAGCAAGGACGAGAAGGCCAGCAAAGGCGGGCUCUUGGCGCCGAUUCGGCCGCCGCCGCCCAACGACGCGGUCGUGCGCGUGGAGCAGAUCUUGGCGGCGCAGCUCGACCAGAGCGAGCUCAAGCUCGACAUCUUUCCCGAAGUCAACAUGGCCCACGCGCUCGAAGAGUAUGUGUUCAAGAACGUCCCGUCGGCCUUCACCGAGUUUGUCGACUCGGUCCUCGACGAGACGCAGCAGGCGCUUAAGCAGAGCAAAGGCACGGUCACCAAGGCCGAGAUCCAAGCGCUCGUCGAGAAGAACGUGGAUCGCAUGCGCGCCAGUCUCUCGGUCCCGACCCAGGCCGACGUGACAUCGACCAUGCUCGAGCAACUCCUCUCGCAGCCCCACACGACGUCGGCGCCGCCGGAAGAUGGCGAUGGCUUGUCGGACGAUGACGACGAGUACGUGGCCUCCCCGCCACCGAAAAAACGAGCCCCCGCCGUCCGUCGUCCGCGUGCGUCCAAGCCAACGAGCGAUGACGACGUGGCCUCCCCACCCGCCAAGAAGACCAAGCCGCCCGCCGCCCGCAAGCCUAGAGCUGCCUCGGCGCGCGUGACGAGUCAGCCUGACAAUGACGACGAUGACGACGAUGACGUGGUGAUGUCGUCGCCACCCAAGAGCGCGAAAGCACCUGCUGCUCGAAAGACGCGCGCGCCAGCCGCCUCGCGCAAGGCGCCGCUCAAGGGUCAGUCGACCUUGUCCGAGUGGACGACGAGCCAGAGCAAACCGACGCCCGAGGCAAUUUCUUUGGACGACAGCGACGAUGACGUUGGGACAACGACGCAGGCGACGCAGCUGCCGUCACAGCGCCGGAAACUCCCGCUUUCGUUUGGCUCGUUCACGCAGGAUGACGUGCCGGCGUCAGCGCCUCGAAGUGGCGUCACGAAAGGCUGGGGCGCCGUGCGCAAGUAG